GACAGUAACAGAUAGCAAUAACUGUGUGUGUCAUAAUAUUCAACACCUAAAAUCUGUUUUGUUUUUAUUAAUUUUCUAUAAAACCGUUACACCCUUAAUCGUUUUGUACUAUCUGAAGAUAUUAUAUGUGGUCAAUUGUGUAGGGUUGUUAAAUAAUAGUCGUUAGGUCCAAAUAGAACAUAUAAAAAUGAAUGAUACACAUCAUUCCCUAAGUUUUUCAUUGAUAAGUGGAGAACUAUGUAAUUUACUUUAUUUAAAAGAAUAUAAUAAAGAAGAUGUGAAUAAACUGAUAGACGAUCUGAACUCCAAGCCUUAUAAAGCGGAGAUUUUUGUGAGAAAACAUGAUGCUGCGGCUGUUGUAACAGCGCUAUGUUUAAACGUGAAACCUGCUGAUGAGUUUUUAGCUGCUAAAACCUCCCAUUUAAUUAAUAGUUUAAUAACAAAACAAAAUCUAGAAUUUGAAGCUGAUUAUCUCUGGAAAGUGAUAUCGUGGCAUAUAGAGUGCUUGAAACAUUGCACUGAUAUUGUGUUACCAGAUAUCCUUCACAGUUUGCAAUGUAUCAUAGAACUCAAUCCACAAGCAACACAUAAGUUCACCGAAGAUCUGAUUGGCAUCCAAGGAGUCUUGAUUAGAUUUGUAGACUUAUCCAGAUAUGUUCCAAAAUCUCAAAAUAGUUUGCAAAUACAUUUAAUGGCUCUGAAAUGUAUCACAUGUGUCAUGGCGACUAUAGAUGAUAUAUACAAAACUGAGACAGAAAAAAGUAUAUCUUUGAAAAUAAAGGAACAAAUCUCUUCUCUGGUUGUUAAGUUUUUAAUGACUGGAUAUUCUAAGUCACAAGAUGAAUACUUAUAUUGUAAGAUACUAAUAGCAGCCUUAAGAGUAUUAUCCCAAAUAUACUUCAAUGAUCCGAACAUAAGUAUACCGUUGCCAGAGGUGAUGGGAAUCUGUAGGUACUGCAUAAUCUAUGGGCUGGUGGUUCAGAACAACCGGCCUGAGAAGAUCAUGCCGGCUCAGCAGACCAUCGCCAUGGCACCUGUUGUGCCUAAACCUAACACCAAAGGUGGAAAGAAACAAAAAAUUAGGAAGCAAAGAAACAAUGCAAUAGAAAGUUUGAAGAAAGAGAUUCCAGUGUCGGACCGCAGUCUAAUGAAGGAUGUUGACAACUUUGAAAAUAAUUCUGCAUACAAGCCUGCCACCCUGCUGUACUUGGAGCCACAGAAAGCCAAGACUUACUGGGCACUGACUAGUGAUUCUGAAAUGUCAGAUGUAGAGAAUAGUAAAGAAGUUAAAUUGAUUGCUUUGAAGUCUAGAGUGAGGCAGAGUGCUUCCAAUCUCCUCCUGGUGUUGGUUAAAGUAACAGAAAAACGAGAUAUAUUCGGUUACUGGUGGGCCCUUCUACCUGACUCGCCGGACGCUGCUAACUGGUCUGCCGGGGAAGCCGCUAAGAAGACGUUAGCCUACUGCGCCGUCACUGAUCCUAUUGCCAACAGUCGGGCGAGUAUACUGAGUGUUAUAUUGGCACUCCUCUCUCGAUCCAGGAUGUAUUUGUUUCAAGCUGAAACUAGUAAAAAAGAGAGUUCAUCCUUCAUUCCUUUCUCGGAAUCUCUGGGCUAUAUGAUAGUUUGCUUGCACAAGGUUCUAACUACUAUCUUAGAUAAUGAACGAAAUCGCGCCGCGACCAUUGUCGCUCUAAAGUGCUGUGCGGCCCUUGUACAGGCGACACCCUAUCAUAAGAUGAAGGAAGGCCUUAUUACUCAACUUGUUAUGUCCACGAGAAAGUUUUUAGUGCAUAAAGAUACAACUCUACAAGUAGGUGCCUUAAUAACAAUGGGAUGUGUUCUAUCCAUCGAUCCAAAGGUCGACGAAGUUUUAAAAGCAAUAGGGAAAGACACAGUGCCUUCUAAAAUAUCUACUUCGAUGAGUUCUUCUAAAAUUGCGUUUACUGAGCAUAAAGUUGAUGCGGAGGAGUGUGAUGACUUCGAAGAAGGUUAUUCUGAUGAUGAAAUGUUCUCUGCUGAGCCAGUUGUUGACAGUGGGGAUGAUAGUGAAGAAGGGCAUCACUUUAGAAGUUGGAUACUCGAUAUUUGCUGCAAGAAUAUGGGCUGGGUGGUCAGAGGGAAGGAUACUGUGAGAAUCAAACCGUCCCUCAUCCCCGUGAUACUGGAGUCGUUACAAGUGUUGUCGGCGGCAGCGUUCCAUUACCUAGAAGAGCUACUGGACAGGCACCUCACGCUGCUUGGCGACAUCCUCAGCGAACUGCUGCGACAUGAGCACCAGGACGUGGUGGUGCAGACUGCCAGCGCUGUCAGUGUCAUCGGGGAUGGAAUACAGAAACUAGAACUAGCGAACAAACCGCCUCCCCUUAGCCAUUGUAUCUACAUGUGGGAGAAGCUAGUGACACCACUAUCCACAGUGCUUCAGUGCCACGACAUGAGCCCGGCCAAAGCAGUAGUAUGCGACUGUAUCGCCAACAUUGGGGAGAGGACCUUCAAAGAGUUACCUCGUCGCCUCCAAGUGCUAUGCUGCACGCUUCUGAUUGGUUCGUGCAGCGACGAGGAGUCGACGGUCCGCGCGGCCGCCGUGCGAGCGUUGGCUAUGCUCGUCAUGUAUCGAACUCUUCGAGAAGACAUUGGUUUCGUAAGCGACUGCGGUGAGAACGUGCUCCGUGCAUUAGCGGAGCCAGCCAUGGUUGUAAGGAUCAAGGCGGCUUGGGCGCUGGGUAAUCUUUGCGAUGCUCUCGUAUUAAACUUGGAAGAUCCGGAAUGUGAUGACAUAGACGACAAUCUCCUGAUUCGCCUACUCCAAGCCAGCAUACAAUGCGCAACAGACAACGAUAAGAUAAAAAUGAGUGCGACACGUGGACUUGGAAAUCUACUGCGUUUGAUAAAGAAUGAAAAUCUAGUCAGGAACACACGAUUGAAGACCUUAUGCGAGACAGCAAUAGGGAAGCUAAUGGAUUGCGCGUGUAAAGUGAACAAUAUGAAAGUGCGGUGGAACGCGUGCUACGCUAUCGGGAAUGCUAUGAAGAACGAACAGCUGUUCACUUGUUUUAAUGGUUGGCAGAACCAAGUAUUCUCCAACCUAUGUUCUUUAACGAAAACGUGUAAGAACCUAAAAGUGCGUAUAAACGCUGCGGCGGCACUACGCGCGCCUAGUGCGCGUGCGCACUACGCCGACCACUACGCACUCGUUUGGAGGGGCGUACUAGCUGCCAUGGAGAACGCUGCUGACGUAGACGACUUCAAUGAAUAUAAACACAAAGACAAUUUGAUUGAACAGCUAUGUGUAACUCUAGCACACCUAUGCUGCCUACUAACGCAGGCUGACUUGGCAGAUAUACUGGAUCCUCUAGUCUUCCACUAUGACAGCGCUAAAGCCACGUUCACACAAGCAUGUCAUAAGCUACCUCCAGAGAACGCGUCCUGUUUGAAAAUACUUCAAGCUGCAAAGUACGUCACUGUUGAUCUAACUGCUUCUAAUGAUACGCAGAUGCAAGCCUUAAGCAUGUUACAGGACAUUUUUAUAUGGGACAUGUGAUUGAAAUUACGUCUUUAUUUUGUAGAUAUUAAGAGCCAUUUUUCUAGUUCUUAUGAGAGGCUAAUGUGUUUGUAUGAAGUGUUGUAUAUAAAAAGUGAUCUAAGGACAAGCAAUGGUAAGGAAUUUCGUAAGUUUCAUACGAUAUUAAUAAUCUUCCUUUCAUUGUGCCUAUUAAAUAAUACGUACAUAUUCGUAACAGCAGUUACUUUAUUCAAUUUUAUUUAAGAUUAAAGUAUUUAAAAAUAUGAUAUAGUAAGUGAUAAACAUUGAUAUUGAUUUUAGAUCUCACGCAUUUUUAUAACUGGCAACACUUUCAAUCUUAACAAGUGUUGCCAGUAAUUUAAAAAAAUGCUUAAGUUUUAUUAAAAGACUUGCACAGCAAUCUAUAUUUAAGUAUGUCACAAUUCUAGAUAUAAUAAAGUUUUGUAUUAUAUGUUAUAAAUAAUAUGAUAACAUGAAUUUGAGUUUUAUUUUAAAAAUAAACAUUAUUCGCUAAUCAUAUUUAUUUUGUGGUUAAUUUUGCCAAUUAGAGUUCACAUUAAUUCUGUUUAUUUGUUACCUGUACCGAAUUAUUUAACCCUUCGUAUGUUUAGAACGUGGAUCCACGCGAGACAUAAUGUGUUUUCUAUUGUUGUCUUAUAUACGGCAUACGAGAGGUUAAAUAUAAUGCUUUUUGUACGUAAUCAUUAUUUUGCAUUUAUUCAAUCAAGAGGAUAUUUUCUCUAAAACUAAUGGCCGUUUUUGCUAAUCACCCUUAAACUGCCACUUAACUUCACUAAGCGUGACGUAGCACCUAAACUAACACCUUACUUGUAGUGUUAGAUGUCACUUACAGGUCGGUAAAAACCAAAAUAAUGUUAAAUGUCACCUAUCUUAGAUUAGGGGGAUUAUCCUUUAAAUUUAGGUGAGAUUGGUGAACACAGGCAUUAUAAUGUGAAACAUUACAAAAUAACUGUGUACAUGUAAACUAAUAAUUAUAUUACGCAUUUUUUUAUACUUGCCAAUAAAAUAAACUUUUU